AUGCCCUCUGGAGGGAGCCCGGCGGUCAGCUACAGUGAGGCGAGGCUGCAUAGCGGCCUGCUCCCCUCACAGCCCAAGCUCCCGCUGGAGGACGACCGGGAGUCAGGGAUUGGCUCCACUCUGGACCUCAUCAGCAGCUUUGAGAGCUACAACAACCAAACAAAUCAAACCCUGUCCAACAAAUCUGCACCCGUGGAGGCAGGCAGACUCUCAAAACAGACAGACUGCUCUCCACACACCUCUGCGGGGAAUCCACACAAGAUCAAGGAGCUCUUUCUCAAUCUCUCCAAGAUCCCUCUCCUCCUUGUUCUCCUCUUCCUUUUCGUCUGCUCCUUGGACACUCUGAGCUCUGCCUUCCAGUUAGCCGGGGGUAAGGUAGCCGGGGACAUCUUCCAGGACAAUGCUGUGCUGUCUAACCCUGUGGCUGGACUGGUGGUGGGGAUUUUGGUUACUGUGCUGGUCCAAAGCUCCUCCACCUCCACCUCCAUCAUCGUCAGUCUAGUGGCCUCUGGAUUGCUGGAAGUGAGGUCGGCUGUUCCUAUUAUCAUGGGGUCCAAUAUUGGAACUUCAGUCACGAACACCAUCAUAGCCAUGAUGCAAGUGGCAGAGAGGACCGAGUUUAAGCGUGCAUUUGCCGGAGCAACAAUCCAUGACUGCUUCAACUGGCUGUCUGUCCUGGUUCUGCUGCCACUCGAGGUGGCCACCGGCCUCAUGACCUGGCUGGCCCACUUACUGGUCACCAGCUUCAGGCUGCAGAAUGGGCAGGAUGCACCCGAGCUGCUCAAGGUCAUCACCGAGCCGCUCACCAAGCUCAUCAUACAGCUGGAUAAGCAUGUGAUCACAGGAAUCGCCAUGGGAGAUGAGAGCAUGAGGAACAGAAGUCUGGUAAAAGAAUGGUGCCAGACUGAGCUUUUUAUGUCCACUGUGAACGUGAGCACCAGUGGGCCCGUCAACUGCACCUCCAGUUACCCCUGUUGGCAGGUUGAUAAUGUGACCUGGACCAAAGAGAAUUUGACUGCAGAGGUCAACACUCAGAAAUGUCGGCACUUGUUUGCAUCAUCGCAGCUGUCAGACCUCACGGUGGGACUGAUUCUGCUGGCCGGCUCCCUGGCCGUCCUCUGCACCUGUCUGCUGCUCCUGGUCAAGCUGCUCAACUCGCUUCUCAAAGGCCAAGUGGCGAAGGUCAUCCAGACGGUCAUUAACACAGACCUCCCGUAUCCUUUUGGCUGGCUGUCAGGAUACCUGGCGAUGUUUGUGGGUGCCGGGAUGACGUUUGUUGUCCAGAGCAGCUCUGUCUUCACCUCAGCCUUGACCCCCCUGAUAGGUAUUGGUGUAAUCAGUCUAGAGAGGGCCUAUCCUCUAACCUUAGGAUCCAACAUUGGCACCACCGCCACAGCCCUGCUGGCAGCCCUGGCCAGCCCUGGGGAUAAACUUUCUGCUGCUAUACAGAUUGCCCUGUGUCAUCUCUUCUUCAAUGUCUUUGGUAUUCUCCUGUGGUAUCCUCUGCCCGCCAUGCGCCUGCCGAUAAGGAUGGCUCGUGUUUUGGGUGAGCGCACUGCCAAGUACCGCUGGUUCGCUGUCUUAUACCUCCUGCUUUGCUUCCUGCUCCUGCCCUCGCUGGUGCUGGGCCUCUCGCUGGCGGGCUGGCGGGUGAUGGUCGGCUUUGGUGCUCCUUUCCUGGGUGUGACCAUCUUCAUCACCAUGGUGAAUGUGAUGCAGACCCACAGCCCCCGUCACCUGCCCGCCAAGCUCCAGAGCUGGGACUUCCUGCCCCCGUGGAUGCACUCUCUCAAACCACUCGACCGCCUGAUCACCAAGGCAACUGUCUGCUGUGGUCCUGGACGCACCGAGGGACAAAACAUAGGAGAGAAAGGAGAAGAACAACACAAGGUGACCAUCUCCAAAGAGGCGACUUCUGUCGAUCCUGAGAUGCCAUCGAACCAGAGGAAAGUGGAUUUGGCCUAUGAUAACCCAGUCCUGGCCUACCUGGAUGAGAGCAGACCAGGCGUACCUGUAUUUAGACUAAAAGGGUUAGAAAGGUGCAACAGCACCCCACUCUAAUUGGAGUGACAUUGAAGAGCUGGUUUUAUGUUGCACAUUGUCAAUUGUCUGUGUGGAUUGAGAAAAGCCAUUUGCAUGCAACACCUUACCAAUAAUCUCUGAUUAUUCUGAGAUUAAUAACUAUUGCCUUAAUCGUCCACUCAGACUGCAGAUCCACUGCCCUGUGUGUUGAUGAUUGAACUGUAAUGAUUCUUGAAUGGUCAAAGUCCAGACAUUUUAUGUCUUACUUUAGUGUCUGUGCAGAAAGGAACUGUUUAAAACCAGCGCUGUUAUUAGCCUCAAGACUAAUGU